CGCAUUCCACCCUCCCGCUCAUGGGCAAACGGAACUCGACAUUUGCUGGUUUCUCUCAUUUCGUUCUCGACGCUUUCAAGCAGGCAGAGUCGCUGGGCAGUGCUGAACAGAAGGAAUUCGUAUCGCCUGGCAACGCUCACAGAGCAUCUGAGGAGGGCCCUCCCAGAAAGAAGCGUAAAGCCGGCCUCUUGGGACCUGGACACGAGAAAUACGAUGCCACGGGGCUCGUGCCAUGCUAUACGGAACCAUCGGAGGUACCUGAACGUCUGAAAAAAUACUUCUACCAGCGAGAACGAUACUUCUCUCUCUACUCUGAAGGUUGUCUCCUCGACGAAGAAGGUUGGUACAGCGUCACGCCGGAGCUUAUAGCGAACCAAAUAGCUGAACGGUGUCGUUGCAAAACAAUCCUUGAUGCUUUCUGCGGCGUGGGAGGCAACGCCAUCGCUUUUGCGCAGACGUGCGAACGAGUGAUUGCCCUGGACACUUCUCCAACACGACUUGCCCUCGCUCGGCACAAUGCAGUCAUUUAUGGCGUCGAAGACCGCAUCGAGUUCAUUCUCUGCGACUAUCUCUCCUUCGCCCGCUCAUACCUCACUCUCCCUCACCAUCCAGGACAUCGGAAAAUUGACGUGGUGUUCCUCAGUCCGCCCUGGGGUGGCCCAGAGUACUUGGCGGGUCCUGUAAGCGGCCUGCUCUCUGACAAGGACCAGCAUCCAGAGUUUGGCCUCGCAAAUAUACGGCCGAUCCACGGGGCGGAACUUUUCAAGCUCACUCGUCAGAUAACCAACAACGUCGCGUACUUCCUUCCGCGCAACACCAGAUUAGAGGAGAUCUCUGGACUGCUGACGCCAGAAGAGAGCAAAACAGAAGUGAUCGAGGUCGAAGAAGAAUGGAUGGGCUCCAAGUUGAAGGCGCUGACAUGUUAUUUCGGAGGCCUUGCCGCGGGACAAGAAGAACUGUUCGAGGAAUCGAGCCCUUGACACCACUGAACUUGCGCUUCACUUCAAAAUGAAUCGUUGUUCGUUCAAAAGAUGUGCAUCACUGUUGUGUACUGUUUUGAGAACUAAAAGUAGCGCAUUCGGAUGUUUAUACAAACGUCGCGACUAAUGAUAUCGCGUAGCCAUUUAUUCAUCGCCAGUCGCAACUGGAUUGCGAGUCAAGCUUUUCAGCAACUCCCCGUCGAAAGCACCUAUGCACAAAGAACAUCAUCGAUGCAUGUUUGGACACACCCUCGGGGAAAUGACACUUACGUCCAGCACUACUCUUAUGCUUCCCUCGGUACGCGGCAAGUGGCGAGUUGUAAGCCGGCGAAGGCGAUCCUGGGAAGGACGAGGUUGAUGACGCAAAUGAGCUAUCCAGCUGGGACGCUGAUGGCACCGAGUAGUACAUUGUUCGCGACGGCGUCGAGAUGGGUGAAGAGGCGUAGAGGCUCGAAGAGAACGCUCUCUGCGGUUGAGGUUGCGACUGUGAUUGCUAGAGAACAUAGUGAGUACAAAUGUACUACGAAUAUUUGAAGGCAGAUGGAAGAGA